CCCGGCACGCUCGGGCCGCCACAGCGCUCCCCGCCCUCGAGCCGCGGAGCCGGAGCCGCCCGCCGCCCGAGGAGGAGGUGGAGGGAGCCGGAGGGGCCCGCCGAGGCGGCGGCGGCGGCGGCGGCAAGAUGGCGGACUUCCUGCCGUCGCGGUCCGUGCUGUCCGUGUGCUUCCCCGGCUGCGUGCUGACGAGCGGCGAGGCCGAACAGCAGCGCAAGUCCAAGGAGAUCGACAAAUGCCUGUCCCGGGAGAAGACCUACGUGAAGCGGCUGGUGAAGAUCCUGCUGCUGGGCGCGGGCGAGAGCGGCAAGUCCACCUUCCUGAAGCAGAUGCGGAUCAUCCACGGGCAGGACUUCGACCAGCGCGCGCGCGAGGAGUUCCGCCCCACCAUCUACAGCAACGUGAUCAAAGGUAUGAGGGUGCUGGUAGAUGCCCGAGAGAAGCUUCACAUUCCUUGGGGAGAUGACUCAAACCAACUCAAUGGAGACAAGAUGAUGGCAUUCGAUACCCGGUCCCCUAUGGCGGCCCAGGGAAUGGUGGAAACUCAAGUUUUUUUACAAUAUCUUCCUGCUAUACGAGCAUUAUGGGCAGACAGUGGCAUACAGAAUGCCUAUGACCGGCGUCGAGAAUUUCAACUGGGUGAAUCUGUAAAAUAUUUCCUGGAUAACUUGGAUAAACUCGGAGAGCCAGAUUACAUUCCAUCACAACAAGAUAUUCUGCUUGCCAGAAGACCCACCAAAGGCAUUCAUGAGUACGACUUUGAAAUUAAAAAUGUUCCUUUCAAAAUGGUUGAUGUAGGUGGUCAAAGAUCAGAAAGAAAACGUUGGUUUGAAUGUUUCGACAGUGUGACAUCCAUACUUUUCCUUGUUUCCUCAAGUGAAUUUGACCAGGUGCUUAUGGAAGAUCGACUGACCAAUCGCCUUACAGAAUCUCUGAACAUUUUUGAAACAAUUGUCAAUAACCGGGUUUUCAGCAAUGUCUCCAUAAUUCUUUUCUUAAACAAGACAGAUUUGCUUGAGGAGAAAGUGCAAAUUGUGAGCAUCAAAGACUAUUUCUUAGAAUUUGAAGGGGAUCCCCACUGCUUAAGAGACGUCCAAAAAUUCCUGGUGGAAUGUUUCCGUAACAAACGCCGGGACCAGCAGCAGAAGCCCUUGUACCACCACUUCACCACUGCGAUCAACACGGAGAACAUCCGCCUCGUCUUCCGUGACGUGAAGGAUACCAUUCUUCACGACAACCUCAAGCAGCUUAUGCUACAGUGAUGUACAAAAGACUGGCUAUUUUAAUAUCUUUUUGUCUUUUUGAUUGUUUUCUGUUUGUUUUGUUUUGUUUUUUUAAAUAGUUUAUAACAGGAAUUAGAAAAAUCUUGAUUCUGUGUUUAACUUCUUGGAAAUUUUAGUCCUCUUUCUUCAGACUUUGGUCUGUGGCUGAAAGCUGCUGAGUAACACAUCGCCAAUAUCUGCUGAAGUUCAGAGUUUGAGCUGCUCCACUGUGGCUUCCAUUCCAGUGGAGCUGUCAUUUCCUGCCAGACCUCAAACUAGGUAUAUUUCAGGCUUUAAGUUCUUCCAUUUUCACACUGAAUUCUCCUGUAGUGCCAAGUAUAGAAGGUGUCCUUAAAUAUUUGUAGGUAUGAGGUUAAGAAUAUUCAGUUCUGAAACAAGUAAGAUAUCUCUUGUCUGCCCUACACAGCAGCGACCCUUGUGCUGCUUCAUGGUGACCUAUUUUGAAAGGGCUACUGGAAAAAAGGGGAUGGCAUUCUGUAGAUUUACACAGAUUUAGCCUUCGUGUUUUUUUAAUUGCUUAUAAACACAACAAUUGUUUUAAAAUUUCUGUGGUUUCUGAAAGUAAUGUUCUUAGUGUUUUAAAGUUUACAUAAGGAUUUCUGGUCUGAUGCUAGUGAAAGGUUGCAAAGGGUACGGGGGGAGCAAAAGGCAAGCCAAUGCCAUAUACAGAAUGGUGAUCAAAAGAAAUGAGUGAAAUAUAAUUUGCCCUCUUCAUAUUUAAAUGUCACGUGAUAAAUGUGCCAUAUGUGAAACGUCCUGGCCAUAGCAGCAGUGAAAAAUUGCAAGCAACUUGAUAACAGAAUUUCUAAAUAAACAUAUGCUUUCCAGAAUGUUAUGUGUUUUACUCUCAGACUUUUAAAUCCUGUCUCAGCUGACUUUGGUCCUCACUGUGGGAAUCAUUGUCGCACCAUCGCAGACAUCUUCCCUUUGCUCUCCUGUCUCUUCCCAUCAACUCCACACUGUGGCAUUUAUGGGAUUUUUUUUUGUCUAUUUGGAGCUUGCCAAGGGCAGUAGUUUACUGUGUUUACUGUAUUUGAGAUUCCUCUUCAUUCUUGGUGUGUCUCUAAAAGAUACAGUAUGUACAUGUUUGUAUCAUUGUUUAUGAAAUUCCAGCUUUAUUGAGGUACAUUUUGAAUGUUUUAAGGAUACUUCUAAGAAAAUAAGUAGUAAUUGUUUUAGUUCACACCAAAAGAUGACUACAUUUGACCUCCCCUACCACUUUACCAAAUUCAAACGUAGUCGUGACGUAGCUUUGUGAUUACAAAUAUAUUCAUGGUGAACUCCUCAGAAUGGCUGGUUUGCAGUACUAAAAUCACUGCUUUCUAGGUUAUGUGUAGUGUUAGAAUUCGGUUAGAGAAACAGGUGUACAAGGCUGGUGACAGUUUGGAAAAUCUGACGGCUUUUCUCUUUUUCCUGAAAAUUAUGAUUGAGACUGUGAUAUCUGUCACUUUACUGUAUUACUGACUGUGUUCUCAGGUAUUUUAUUGGCUAGAAAGCUCUUGAAAGAUUGGUCAACAUUAUGGAUCACCAGCCUUUCCAGACCAGUGGCUCUGGGUCUGUCUUGCUGUCUAGUGUGAGAGUAGGGCUUUUCGGUGAGCUAACCAGGGAUUGUUCGUAAUGUACCUGACUUUUCUUGCAAUUGAAGUUCCACCAUCGUUAUAUCCAUAGUAACCUCCAUUGUUUUCAUGCCUUAGUAAUACGUGAGCUGCAGACAUGUCGCCCCACAUCAGAAUGUAAGUGUUCAUAGUAUAGUUCAUGCAUGUUUGAGUAGUUCUAAAUCUGCUGCUUCUUGCCAAAAAAGAAUACGUAGGUUUAAAUUGACAUUUAGAAAAAUUUCAGUGCUAGUGGCUGGCUGAAAACCUGCACGGUAACAUUUAGACUUUUUGGUAGAAAGUCUGUGUGUAAAUUUAGCAGUUUUGUUAGACGGCCAAAACAUUAUUUAACUCCAGUGAAGGUUAAGAGGAAACUUAGUCUUAUUUAAGUUAUAUUUAAGAUCUGUGAUAGGAACCAUAAAUACUGCCUGACAAAGCAGAAAUCACCAAGUUUCCUCAUUUGGACUACUACCAAGAAAUGUUAAAACACCAAAUAGAUAAUGGUAUUAUUUUGAGCAUUUGCUGUUUUCUUUUCUGAUGUAUGUGAUGUCUCAGAGUCAACAGUCUUUUAAAAUAAGAUCUGGGAUAUAUUUUGAGGCAAUAAAUUACUUAUCGUUAAUGGCAGGCUUGUUUAGAAACUAAGUUUCGAUCUGAAGGCUUUAGUCCAUGUUUUUUAUUUACUGUAUUUUUAAACCAUUUGAAGGAGUCCUUCACCUAUCUCAUGAAAACUAGAUCCUUUUGAAAUACCACUAUACGAAGGGGAAGAUGAAAUUUAGUGAACAAAAUUGAAAGGGUGCGCGUGGUUUUCACUAUGCCAAUUUCUCCCAUCUCUAAAAAAGUAAGUUUAAAGUCCUUUGGUGCGCUCGAUUUUCUAGGUCUUCAUGAUUAUGAUUUGGAGUAAAAUGUGCCUAAUUCUCUUGUUACACUCUGUUCUUAAAUCUGAAUGUCUUCUCAUUUAGUUCUUAAGAGAUGUCUCAGAAGUGUCUUCAUUUGUGAUAUACAGAAAUUUGUGAUAUACAGAGUUGCCUUAUAAAUCAAAGAACACCACACAUUUGGGCCUUGAUUUUUUUAUAGGGAAAAGUUUUUGUCAAAUGUUUUCUGAAGAUCCAAAUAAUUUAAGGCAUGCCUCUACCACUUAAAUAUUAUUUGUAAUAACCUGAAUCACUGCUUUCUGCCAAGUAUUGUGUUAAACUGAAAUCUUCAUUUCAGUUUUGUCUGGAAAGGGCACUUGAGAGUUGGAAAGCAACCACAGCCAAAGAAGGCGGUGAGGGGGGAAACAGUCGUUCGUUUGUUUUACUCUUUGAAGUUGCAUUGGCGUGUGUUUUACACACUGAAGAUCCUCUGGUUAAUCUCGCAAGUGAGAUUGUUUAGGGAAAUCCUUACUCAGUUGGUAGCAGUGGUUGGUUUAAGUAAAAGGAAGUAAGAUUAUCUUACUACCGGAAAUAAUUAGAAGUAUUGAUUUAGAUUCAACAGAAAUCAUAUGCCCUAUAAUUUUUUGUAAGAGUGAAUGAAUUAGUCUUAACUUCCAAUAUAUACCCAAAUACUUGUAUUUAUGCUUUUGAUAAAAUGUAUUUUCAGCAUUAGUACACAUAUCCGGUUAUGCCUUAUUUAUGUGAAGAAUAAAGUUACCAAGUUAUGUUCUGUUAUGUUCUGAAACUCAGAUCACUAGUUGAGAAGCCCUCAAAUUGGUGCUUUCAUUAUAUAAUGAUACAUUUAGACAAAACCCCAAACCAAGCCGUUUGAAACAAUAUUCUCUCCAUUGCAAUGUGUAGCAAUGUUAUUUCUGUAUAUGUAAUGAGAAGGCUAAAUAUCAGUGUUAACUCUUAGUUUUUUGUUUGAAUCCAUGAAAUCAUGCUUGUAAAAGCUCAAACAUUUGUAACAAACUCCCUAAUAAAUCUAGAGAAAGUCA